CAGGAAGAGACAGAAAUGUGGAAAAUAAGGGAGUGGGAGAAACAGACAAAAGAGACUUACUGGAAAAGGCAAAGCAGAAUGCUGUCGGACACCUCCAGCAGUCGGAUGCGCAGUGAUGGCUUUGAUGAGGAGGGCCACAGGGCUGACUGGAAAACAAAGAACUCACAAUUUCUUGACCCAGUCGAAGAUGGUCUCCUUAGGGCCCGAUCCUGGAAUAAAAAGCUGUAUGAAUGUGAAGCCAACAUGCCAGACAGAUGGGGUCACAGUGGCUAUAAAGAGUUGUACCCUGAAGAAUUUGAUACAGAUAGUGACCAGCAAGAAGGAGAUGAACAAAAUACUAUCAAUGGGAAGAAGAAAUCUCAUGUGGGAAAGCAAACUGCCCGUGAGUCACACAAACGGAAAAAACCAAAUAAAUCACACAAGAAGAAGCAAAAAAAGCGAUCACACAAAAAGCGAAAGAAAAAGAAAAAGGAGCAGGGAAGAACAUCAUCAGAUUCUUCCCGGGAGAGCGAGUGCUCAGAAGAGGAGACUUCAAGCACCCGGAAAGGGAAACACAAGCGCAAGAAAAAGACCAGGAAAGUGCCUGCCAGGGAGCCUACCUCUUCUUCUGGGCAGGAAAGUGACUUUUCUCAUGCAAGCAGCUCAACCACCAGCAGCUCUGAGGACAGUGAAUCUCAGGAGAAAAAAGAGAAACGGCCCCCAAAAAAGAGAAAGAAACGUCACAAUUCUGUGCCAGAGAGGCACAAUGAAGUACCAGAGAAGAGAAGCAAGAGGAAGAACUGGAAAGUGGCCGCUGAUGAAAAAUCAGAGGAUAGCUCAGAUGAGGACUGA